CCUUCUUGUUUUAGCAAUUGACAUCAGUUGAUAGCUGACAAUCUCCACUGCAGCUUGUUACAAGAUUGAGCUCGAUAAAUCUAAUUCAUUAUAUCGAAAAUGAAAGUUUUAAUGGUAUGUUUGAGUGCCGUAUUAAUUGCAGUGUUUGCCGAGCCGGAAGCGGCUGCGGAAGCGCAUCCCAAUACUAGAUCACAAUACCCGGCGCACUCUGCCUAUCCGAGACCCUCAUAUCCAGCUCCAGCUUACCCCAAGCCUUCGUAUCCAGCUCCAGCUCAUCCUAAGCCCUCGUAUCCAGCUCCAGCUCAUCCUAAGCCCUCGUAUCCAGCUCCAGCCUACCCGAAGCCCUCAUCUCCAGCUCAAGCCUACCCGAAGCCUUUGUAUCCAGCUCCAGUUGAUCCUAAACCAGCGUAUCCAGCUCCAGCCUACCCGAAGCCUUCGUAUCCAGCUCAAGCCUACCCGAAGCCUUCGUAUCCAGCUCCAGCCUACCCGAAGCCUUCGUAUUCAGCUCCAGUUGAUCCUAAACCUGCGUAUCCAGCUCCAGCCUACCCGAAGCCUUCGUAUCCAGCUCCAGUUGAUCCUAAACCAGCAUAUCCAGCAGGUCCAACUUACCCAAAACCAGCUUACGCUGAACCAGCUUAUCCAGUGGCUUACGAGAAAAAGUACGAAAGCCAAUACGAACAUUAUUGUGAUCCUCGCAAGGCACCGAAAUGCUCCAACAACGGAACUGAAACCUUUUGCUUGAAGGACUCUGAAUAUCCAGUGAAAGAAGUCAAGUAUGCCAUCGAUUACGAUCCUUUGGUGCUGAACAAGUAUGCCGAUGUUGCCGACCAAUCAGCUGAUAACUUAGUCGAUGGCCUGACAUCUUUGGCGGAAGAGCACUUUGAUUAUUCCAACUAUCAUGGCAGUGCCUUCGAAAAGGGUCACUGGGUUGGCGACGAGGGAUACAUCUGUCCCAGCGAUGUCCUUUACGCCCGCCCCGUUCGUGCCGUGAACGCUGACGGUGAAUGGCGCGUCAUCGUGCAAAAUAUUGCCUGGCCAGGAUACACGCAAACGCAACGGAUCGAGACCUGUUUGUUUCCUGGAGCAUCUUGCCGCACUCUCGCUGCUUGCUAUCGAAGCGAAUGUCUGCAGCAGUACAUCUACCAUCGUAUGUUGUCCUUCGAUCCUUGCGAUCCUCAGAAAGGAAUUUUCAUCGAUAUCUACAAGAUGCCAUCGGCUUGCUCCUGCCACCUUCCUCAAUUUCACUAGACGACCCUCAAGCACGAUGCUUGUUUCUUAUUAUUUAAAUGUGAAUAGUGUCUUGAUUGUAGAUUGAAAUAAUGACAUGAAUUUAACGUCUUUCUAAAGUUGGAAAUAAACAUUCACAAGCAA